GAUGAAGUGAGCUUGAGGGCUCAGUCGGGAUGCUGUGAUCGCACCGCGGUAACCUCCUGGCAGAUCAAGAAACUGUCCAAAGUGCCCGACUUCCCCUCGAAACGCCUGCCCAACUGGAGGACCAGAGGACUGGAGCAGCGGCGGCAGAGCUUGGAGGCCUAUAUCCAGGGCAUCCUAUACUUGAACCAGGAUGUGCCCAAGGAACUACUGGAAUUCCUGAAUCUUCGCCACUUGCCCAUAGUCCCCAAGGCCAGCAGCUGGGGCACCCUGGGGGAGUUCCUGCCAGGCAACAGCAGCUCACAGCUGUACCACCGGCCUGUUAUCAGCUUCUGCAUGGAUCCUUAUAUUUGCAUCCCAUCCCCAGAGCCUCUGCCCAACGUGGUGGUGAACGGUGUGCUCCAGGGCCUCUAUGGCUUCAGCGCCAGCACAGCUAAAGCCCAGCCAGAGGCUGCCUGUCACCCUGUUCCAGUGCCACCGAUGCCCUGACCAGUCCAGAGGGCUUUAGGCCACCUGCCAGGACAGUCAUGUACCUCAGUCCUAUGAAAGGGACAUGGGCUGUGUCAGCCUUGGCCUGGACCCCGGACUCACCACCCUCCACCCCUCCAGGCUCAGAACUCAGCUGCACUGGUGUCUGAGGUAGUAGAAUCCUGCACUCGUAGAGCCCAGGGGCCAGGGUGGGGACAACAGAGGAUAGGGAAUAAAGGGAGAAUUCCUUUAGAAUGUUCAUAGCCCACCAGUUUGGAGGUGGGCUAUGAAAAGGUGCAGGUAUAUUCCUUUACCUACAUCAGGAGAAAGGCGGGGCGGGGACAUGCAAAGGUUGAGGCACGGUGGCUAGCCAAGUUCAGAAGCAAGGGGCAAAAGCUCCUGCUUGAUGCUUUGUGCGUAGCACAUUUUUUUGUGAAGGUCCAGAUCUGUUUCCUCUUGCCCUCCCAGACUUGUGUGGCCAGUUGGAAAUGUCUGGGUUGUGUUCAUCUCUCCCUCAUUUCUGGAGGGAAAGGGUUCAGGCCAGAACCCAAGGAGGGGACAGGCACCACUGCCACAGGAGCCCCAGACAGGCUG